CCACUUGCAGUUGUUACGUUGGAGCGUCACAUGAAGUGUAUUGGCCUACCGAGAACAACAUGUUGUUCAAAACACUCGUUUUGAAAAAACAAACAAAACCGUCAGCGGCAUUUGACGCGAUCGAUGCCAGCGCGCUGACUGACCAUGUCAUUUGCUGAACUUUGCUCGGCUGCAAUUAAGUAAUCGUUGGGCUUUUAGCCGUCAAAACGUACAAAACGUGCGUCGUGUCGAUCAGACCGCGCUCAGCAUCCGGUGCGCGAUCACCAUCGCAGAGAAUUACAACAGCACUCUUACAAACGUUUGCCGUUUCCAUUGUGCGGUGUAAUAUUUGUUCUCUAGAAAAGUAAAUAAAACAAUUGCUCGAAAAUAAACUUUGGCGCAUCGACGUGACGUCGCAAUGAACGCAAUUCGUUUGCCUGACAGCAUAAAUGUUUUGAAUGUGUAAAUGUUUAUUCGUCCGACUCCGAGUGGCUAGUGCAAAGUUAUUCGCGGGAAAUAUAUUCAAUCAGUCCGAUUUUUCAACAUUAAAUUACCGAAUAAUUCAACAUGUUCAAUCACACGGGAAGUCUGCUGCUGCAAACGAUGCUCUAUUUGGCGCAGACUGAUAACAUCACGUUCCCGGCCAAUUACACGGACAGCGUGAACAACGUGACGUUGGAAGGCGACAAUGUCGGAGUAAAAUGCUACGGCGAAUACGGUUGUUUUUCGGUGACCGGUUUGUGGGAAGACCGACCGGCGAACGCGUUUCCAGAACAUCCGGAAAAAGUGAACCCCCAGUACUGUUUGCACACGCGAACCAAUAAAGACGAGUGUCAAUGGCUAUACCACAAAGACCCAAAUUCAAUCUACGAAUCUAACCUCAUACCAUCAAUGCCUACCUACUUCGUUACGCACGGGUUCUUGGAAGGCGGACAGCGAUCGUGGUUAAAAGAGAUCAGCAACCAGAUAUUAAGCCGCAACGAGGCCAAUGUAAUUCUCAUUGACUGGGAAGGUGGAUCUAGUCCGCCAUACACUCAAGCGGUAGCAAAUAUUCGACUUGUGGGAAGAAUCACCGCUCAUCUCAUCAAUACUUUAAGGAAAGAACUGGGCUUGAACGUAGCUAAUGUCCAUCUAAUUGGUCACAGUUUGGGUUCACAUCUGUCCGGAUACGUUGGUAGCAUUUUACAGACCAAUUUCGGUAUAACUUUAGGCCGAAUAACUGGAUUGGAUCCGGCCGAGCCACAUUUCAGCCAAACUGAUCCAAUGAUUCGUUUGGACCCUUCAGACGCACUUUAUGUAGAUAUCAUACACACGGACUCGCAACCAUUUAUCAAAGGCGGGGAAUUGGGUUUGGGAAUGAGUCAGCCAAUUGGUCACCUGGAUUUCUAUCCUAACGGAGGAGAAAAUCAACCUGGUUGCGAUCAAGGCAUGAUGAAUUACAUAAACAGUGAAAACGGAAGUUUUUACCAGGGAAUGAGAAGAUUUUUGGCUUGCAACCACGUCAGAGCUCACGAGUUCUUCACUGAAUCCAUUAAACCAAGCUGCAAUUUUAUAGCUAUUGAAUGUGAUUCGUACGAAGACUUCUUGAAAGGAGAAUGUUUCUCGUGUUACAGCGAAUCGAAUCCCGAAGGAAGAAUAUGCGCCGAAAUGGGUAUGCGGUCUACAGGUCAUUGGAAAAGACACGCGCCUAUGAUUGCUGCCGGCGACGCCAACACGAUGCCUCAUUUGAGAUUAUUCACCAUCACCAGUGAAACAGCACCGUUUUGCGUAAAUCUUUAUCGAGUGACGAUAACGUUGGCAGAUUCUCAAGCGAGCAGAGAUCACGGCGGAGAAAUAGGCAAUUUUGUAUUACAAUUGGAAGGUUCUAAAUCAAAAUCGAAAAUGAUAAACGUAUUUAAAGAACAGUAUUUCAAACCCGGUAGCGUUCAUCGUCGGGUUUUCGGAUCCACAUUCGCAGACUCAAUUAAGUCUGUCUUGCUUUUGUGGAAUCAUUCAACUACAAUGAACAUUUUAACUUGGCGAUUCGAAGCCCCAGUCGUAUACAUCGAGUCACUAGUAAUUGAAAAGUUCAAUAGCGGCCAAAAGCUUAAACUUUGUCCACCUAGGACAGCCGCACCUUUAGAAGCUGGACUUUCCUUUAGGAUGAUACCAUGUACAAACGAAUAAAUGUGAAUAUUGUUCGUAUAACUGAAGUAUAAUACAUCCUGAUGUUUAUAAAUAUACAAUUUAAUUGAUUAUACUGCAGUCCAGAAUAAUAAAUAGUAAAAGCACUGUGUUAUAUUAUUUGUGUAAUUAUUGUAUAAAAUUGUAAAUAAUAUUUAUACUAAAAAAUAUAUUAUUUUUGUUA